UGUAUUUAUUUAUUUAUUUAUACAUUUAUUUACUAAAUGCGGGACUACUUGUAGUUCCUAGAGUCUUAAAAAGUAGAAUGGGAGCCAGAGCCUUUAGUUAUCAAGCUCCUCUUUUAUGGAACCAGCUUCCAAUUUCAGUCCAGGAGGCAGACACAGUCACCUCGUUUAAGAGUAGACUUAAGACUUUCCUCUUUGACAGAGCUUAUAGUUAGGGCUGAAUCAGGUUUGCCCUGGUCCAGCCCCUUGAUAUGCUGCUAUAGGCUUAUAGCUGCUGGGGGACGUUUUAGGAUGCACUGAGCACCUAUCUCCUCUUUUUUCUCUCCUUAGGGAUGAAUUUUCAUCUCUCCAUCACACAUUACUAACUCUGCUUUCUCCCCGGAGUCCUUUUAACUUCACGUCAUUGAUCCUAUCUGCCUGAUGGAUCAUCGAGGUCUGGGACGUGGAAUUCCUGCUACCGACUACGCCACUGCCCUGUUGAGACUCCGCCCACUGUUGAGACUCUGCCCACUCCUCCUCUCUACCUCCAUCUGCCUGAUGGAUCGUGGAAUAUGCCUACUAUGAACUAUUCAUACACUCUGUCAUAUUCAUUGAAUGUAUUUUAACUCUAAAUCUGUCCUUCUGUACACAUUACAUCUAUUGCACCUGUCCAUCCUGGAGAGGGAUCCUCCUCUGUUGCUCUCCUGAAGGUUUCUUCCCUUUUUUCCCCCCUGAAGGGUUAUUUGGGGGUUUUUCCUGAUCCGAUGUGAGGUUUUGGGGCAGGGAUGUCUAUGUGUACAGAUUGUAAAGCACUCCGAGACAAAUUUGUAAUUUGUGAAAUUGGGCUAUACAAAUAAACUGAAUUGAAUUUAAGCAUUUAUUUAUUUAUUCCUGUAUUUAUUUAUUUAUUUUUACAUUUAUUUAAGCAUUUAUUUAUUUAUUCUUGUAUUUAUUCAUGCAUUUGUUUAUUUAUUUAUUUAUACUUAAGUCAUUUUAAGUCCUCCAUAGAUGUGUGCCCAUCACCCUACAUGAAGCACAGGCACUUUCCAGACUAAACAAUGUCUCUCAUCUUCUCACUUUCCCCCUACUUUAUAAGUAUUGCUUAUUAACCAACCAGGUGACCAGAGCACGUUGGAGUUUACUUCGUUGGUAACAGGCAGCUAGAGUGACAGGUUUUCCAUGAAACUUUCCAGUCUUUUCUUUGACAUUGUCUUCGACAUUAAUCUUAAACAUGAAUGAUAAAGUAUCUCUCUGGAGAGGACCGCGGCAACUCCAGGUCCGAGAACUGGACGUAACCCUGGACAACGUUGCCCGAAUAUUUAAGCUGACACCACCCUGUCCAUUAUUUUUAAUGAGCAGGAGGCCCAUUUAACCUCAAUGGCUGAAAAGGUGAAGCACAACCUGGGCACAGAGGAACAGGUGGUCCUCUGUGACGCAUGGGCAACCGUCUGCUCGAUGGGCCGGGGACGACUGGUCUCAUGUUUUGGAAGCAGAAUGCCCGCCGCAUUAUUGCCCUGCUGGACAGCUCCUACAGGGAGCUGAUCAAGUAUAAGAAGAAGAGGAAAGGAGGCAUAGACGAUGAACACGUCAAAAACGUGGAGAAGCUGUUGCGGGCAGCAGAAGCGCUGUUGCGGGCAGCAGAAGCGCUGCCAGCGGUCACGCAGACGCUGAAGGAGCUCGGGGACUAUGCCCGGGCUAACAAAGUCAACACGGUGGCCCUGACUGACCCCCAGGUGACCUCCGUGAGGGCCACAUUUCAGUGCCUGAUCUGUCAAGAUGUCAUGGACGACCCGGUGGUCGCCCAAUGCUGCAGAAGCCUCAUUGGGUGCAGGGUGUGCGUUGACCGGUGGUCCGCCACCAGCACACACUGCCCCAAGUGCAGGGAUGAGGAAUUUUCCUCAAAGUAUUUUGCCAUCACAGGGAUGGGGGAAGUGGUGGAUGUGUUCCGGGACACCAUCGGCAAAUAAUUUUUUUUAUUUUUAUAAAUGGUUCUGUUUUUUUUUCUUUAUCGUUCGAGGUCCUUGUGUUAUUGUGUUACAUGUUCAAUAAAUGUGUUUGAACAGUUUAUUAUUUGACCAUAACUUGCCCUGCAUUUCAUUUAGAGUCAUUUGUUUAUUCUUGUGACUGAGAAACACGUUGGUUGUUAUAACACACACAGCUCUGACUGAUUCUGAAAACAAUUUUGAAAAUCUGCUUUGUGCCGCUCAGCUGCUCAACUGCAGUGUUAUUGAAUGUAUUUGUCAGAACAAGAUCAAUCACAUCAGGUAUGGGUGAUUUGUGGUUACUCUUAUGAACAUGUGUUUGCAGUGCAUGUGCUACACUACCAAACUUAGCUUUUCCGUUACUACUUAAUUGACUUGGAAGCUAAAUAAGCACCACAUCAAAUUCCACUCCACUGAGGUGUGAAAGAGCGAGGGGCGUUGGCCCAACUGCUCUGGAGAAAUAUUACAUGUUAGGGGAAAAAAGAAGAGAAAAGGAUAUUAUGGUUAACUAGUUUGGAGACCCCAAACUAGUUAACCAUAAUACUCUCCAAGUAUUUGUUUGUAGCUUUCCGAUCUUCGGCGUAUAAGGACUCAUAAAGCCCCCCCACCAGAAUCAGCUUUAAGUGUGUACAAAUACAAUAUAUAUGUGUGUGUAUUAUAUGGCUUAUCUAAAUGUACAUGCAGAGAUAUAGCCAUACGGCUAAACACAGGCAACAACGCCUAACAAUCACUACUAUAAACUAUGUGAGACAUCUGAGAGAUGUGAGAGGAGCUGUGCUCUCCAUGUUUCACUCUGAUACAAUAACUCAUGGAGUCAACUCCUCAAAACAUGUUCACAUACACAACACAGAGCUCCAUCCUUCUGGAGACCAAAGUACUACAUGAUGAUGAUGUGAUGUAGUCAGAGGACUAAGACAGCAGAGUAACAACAGAACAGGUUAC